GCGGAGGGGUCUUUUGGUCAUUUCCUUUUUAACUCAUGGGCCGAAGAUUUGAUUUAUGGCCAAUACUAUGGUGCCGCGGUAAAAAUUGUGGCAUCGGUGACGCUGAAUAUAAUUGGGCCACGUGGAGCUGCUGUGGCAUGAUUAGUUUCAUUCAUCUCAACCAAACCCAGGUGGCCCGUUAGAAAUGGCUCAGUCGACAUGUCCCAAAGUAACGGCAGAGGGAUUUUCCGUUGGAUGCUUUGUUUUUUUUUUUUUACUUGAUUAAAUUAAAAAUCAUGUAACUGCGUAAAAAUUAGAAAACAGAAUACGCUGAUCGACACCGAACGAGCCAGAAGCUUCAUCGAUCUCCCUCGUCGGCGGCCGCGACAAAAUCACUCCCGGCGACUUGUCCGUCGUCGUCGACUUAUCCUUGGAAUAGCAAUGCCGCCAAAGUACCCGACUAUCGCAGGUAAAAUAAGAGAUCCGGCUCCCUCAACGCUGUCCGCCUCGCUUUGCACCGUUUCUGUUGAAAUCGUCAAAACCAAGUUGAACAAAUUUCUCCACCAAUGCAAAGCCUUCCAGGCAUUCAGGUCACCAAUUGAGAUGGAGCCACGUAUUGAAGAAGCUUACCCUAUUGUGAAAACCGAGGCAGACGAAGAUACUACUCCAAGCUUCAAAGAUUAUGUCCAUCAAGCCAUUAAAAGGAUCAUUGGUAUCUCUUCUUCCUCGGAAGAGGAUGACUCCGAUGAGCCUCUUGAAGAUAUAGAUAGCCAAGCUAAGGAGAAUAGUGCCAACAAGCAACUAUUGCUUUAUGAUCCCGGUGCUAGCAGUAAUAUGUAACAUCCCAUUUCGGCUAAAUCCAUAUUUCGAUCGCUAGAAAGUUCGCGAUUUAAAAUCGAGCGUUUUGAUAGUAUUUCGACGAAAAUUGAAUUAUAAAUCGAUCGGAUAAGUAUAGGUAUUAAUUAUAUAUAUAUAUAUAUAUAUGGUGACUUCUACGGUGCCUAGGGCAAAAUCCGGGCACGGGUACCUUGGCCGAUCUUAACCAUUCGUUUUCAAUCUCCACGGCUCACGUUUGUUAAACCUUCCUGCGCACUAAAUAACUAAACAAAUUACAAAAAGGCUCAUGCCGCGUUAAGUCUUUUUUCAUCCUAGUCCAACUAACUGACCCGAUUAAAUUAAAUGGAUUAAG